AUGAAAUCUUUAAAUAAUAAUAAUAAUAAUAAUGGGAAUUAUGGAAUUAGGGUUUCUUGGGAUUCGGAAUUAGGAUUUUACGCGGAUGUUGGAGAUGAACAGUUAUGGAUUGACGUUCUCCGUACCACCCUAGAGUAUGGUCUAGCACCCGUCUCGUGGACGGAUUAUUUGUACCUCACCGUAGGUGGUACUCUCUCUAAUGCAGGCAUUAGUGGUCAGACUUUCCAACAUGGCCCUCAAAUCAGUAACGUUCAUGAAAUGGAUGUUAUUACAGAUGGGAUGAUAGAAUGUCAGCAGUAAUACCAGAAGAGGAAAUAUUUUAUUGUGUGGGAUUUUUACUUUCUUCUAGUGGAUAUGAUGAAUGCAAGAUUUUGGAUAAUCAAAAUGAAGAAAUAUUAAAGUAUUGUGAUAGUGUUGGACUAAAUAUAAAGUAAUAUCUUCCACAUUACAAAACAAAAGAAGAUUG